AACGAUAGUUUAUCUUCUAUCUUCACAUAAUCUUCAUUGAAUUGCUGUAUCGUUCAUUCGACUACUGCAAUAUUCAUAGGCGGCUUGUUCUGGUUUAAAGUUACUGAAAGCAUCCAUAUUUAUAUUGGAGGACAGCAAGUUUCAAUAUUUGCUUAUUAGUAAUCCCAGCGUUUGUAUUUUCUUUGAUAAAUGAUGAUGAGUGCCCAAACUGCUUCAAAGCCAGCCAUAGAUGAACCAUUCACUGGUCCCAACUUAAAUAUCACUUUGACUUGUCCUGAAUGUAAGAUCUUCCCACCAGAUUUAAUCGAAAGAUUUAGUGAGGGAGAUAUAGUAUGUGGAAGUUGUGGAUUGGUUUUAAGUGAUCGAGUUGUUGAUACCAGAUCAGAAUGGAGAACUUUUAGUAAUGAUGAUCAAAAUGGGGAUGACCCAAGUCGUGUGGGUGAUGCCGGUAAUCCAUUAUUAGAUUCAGAAGAUUUAUCAACUAUGAUUUCUUAUGUACCUGAUAAUACCAAAGCAGGACGUGAAUUAAAUAGAGCACAGUCCAAAUCAUUGGUUGACAAGAAGGAUAACGCAUUGGCUGCUGCUUAUACAAAGAUUUCACAGAUGUGUGAUGGUUAUCAGUUACCUAAGAUUGUUCAGGAUGGUGCUAAAGAAGUUUAUAAACUUGUUUAUGAUGAACGUCCUUUAAGGGGUAAAUCUCAAGAAUCAAUCAUGGCCGCAUCUAUUUUCAUUGGGUGUCGUAAAGCCAAGGUUGCCCGUUCUUUCAAAGAAAUUUGGGCUUUAACUAAUGUUCCAAAGAAAGAGAUUGGUAAAGUUUUCAAAAUUAUGAAUAAGGUUAUUCAAGAAAAGAAUGCUGCCAAUCCAAAUGCUUAUUCUUUGAUUCAAGAUAGUGAGCAAACCACUCAAACCUCAGCUGAAGAUUUGAUUAGAAGAUUCUGUUCUCAUUUGGGUUUAAAUACCCAAGUUACAAAUGCUGCAGAGCAUAUUGCCAGACGUUGUAAAGAAGUAGGUGUUUUACAAGGUAGAUCGCCAAUGACCAUUGCAGCCACUGUUAUCUACAUGGCCGCUCUAGUGUUUGGAACGGAUUUACCUCCUUCCAAGAUUGCUGACAAGACCGGUGUCAGUGAUGGUACCAUUAAAACUUCAUACAAAGUCAUGUAUGAAGAAAAGGAAAAAUUGAUUGAUCCUUAUUGGAUUGAAAGUGGGAAAGUUAAAUUAAGCGAUAUCCCAAAGAGUUGAUCAGCUCAGCGUGUCAACAUAAGCUUUGAGAAGCUUAUUUAUAAGAUUCCAAUCGGAAUCAGAGCAUAGAUAUUUGGGUUA